AUGCUCUCCAAUGGCUUGCAGAAGUUCUACUACUACUACUUCAUUAUACACAUCUUCACAACGAUACUGAUAGACUCGUCGGUGAUUCUUCCGGCAAAGUUCCAAUUCACGCAGCCGCUGGUAGAAUGGCACAUCGCACAAAACAAUGACUUCCUGCUAUUCGAAAAACCAGAUUGGCUCUGGUACUUCGUGCUAAUCGAGUGUGUGGGCCAACUACCCGGCUUCUUUUGGUUCGCUGGCAAGUUCAGGCAGCUGUGGUCCCUAAAGGAAAGUCAGACCAAGGCCGACAAGAUGGCCAUUCGCGAUUGCGAAAAGUCGCUUUCGAAGUGGCUCAGGGUCUACGGCUGGAAUGCUUCCGUCACCACUCUCAUCUGUCUGUGGACCGUUUGGACAAGAGGAUAUUACCCAAGCGGCGAGUUCUUGCCCAUGAACGUGCAGGACAAAAUCAAGCUCAUGGCUAUUUACGUGCCCUACGUACUCAUACCCCUGAGGUUGUGCCUCGCUUAA